AUGAGUGCGAAUCGGGUGGUGUCCAAGCAGACGGAGGAGUUGUUCCGCGCGAGCGAGACUGGCGACGUCGAGGCUGUCAGGGGUCUUGUGCUGGACCCGGAAGUGGACAUCAACUGGCACUGCACGCAGUCGUAUGGAGCUACGCCGCUGAUUGCUGCCAUUUCAAACGGCCACAGCGAGAUCGUCGAGAUCCUACUCAAAGCUGAUGCAGAGCUCGGAGUGCUGAAAACCCCCGAUCGGAACAGCCCUCUUCAUGAGGCUGCUUUCAAAGGCGACCCAGAUAUCCUGCAACUUGUUUUGAACAAGAUCCUCGAGAAUUCUAGUGAGGACGCUGUUGACCUCAUCAAUCUACAGAACCAGUUCGGAAAUACACCGUUGCACAACGCUGCUCGGACAGGAAGUCCAGGGUGUGUAUCGCAUUUGCUCCAAGCUGGCUCAAAACACUCCAUCAAGAACGUUAAUGGCUCUGUCGCGCUUCACCAUGCGUGUUAUAGUGAAAAGCCGAAUUUGGAGGUAGUCCAACUCCUUGUCGAGGCCGGGUCCGACGUCAAUGCCCUCGACGAGCAAGGCUAUUCGCCGCUUAUUGUGGCGGCCAAGAAAAAUCAAACCGAGGCCAUUGAUUUUCUGCGUAAGCACGGCGCCGACACGACACUCAAGAACUCGUUUGGAGAGAAUGCGCUGCACUUCGCGGAGCUCCGAAACAACACUGAUGCUAUCCACAUACUGGAGUGA